CUUCAUGCUACGCCGUUUCCUGCCCCUCGCAGCGAUAGUCAUACUGCAUGGCUUGAUAUACAAAUGUACCCUGCAAACCUCCGCCCGUCCCUCACAUGUCUUAUGAGCUGCCGUCCAAGGAGAAGCUACGUGAGAUAGCCGCCCGACAAGAUGCAAAGGAAAAGGAAAUCAAAGAGGCUCGCCAGAGACGCUUGUCGACAUGCGACCAGCCGCUCGACGAGCAAGAGGCUGCCGCUGAAAUCAUCCAACGCAACUAUCGUGGCUACCGCCAACGCAGAGAGAUGCGUGGUCUAGGCUUGUCUGCUUCUACGAGAUGGUUUGAUGCUGUCAAAGAAGGUACAUGAUUGCCCGUUUAUUCUUUGUUUCCCACUGCUCAUACAGGGUAGCUCGUUUCCAAAACACCACCCAGCCCAUGUCUCGCGACGAACGCGCCCGAC